AUGUAUUACCAAAUCCGUGCUCUCGCUCUCCUGGCCGUAUUUCUGCCCGUGGUACCAGCAGUGAUACUCGCAGCACCAACCCUAACGAUCAAUGGAAUCACAUUCCAAACUCGAGCGCACUGGAUGCGCCAAGCAAACGAGGCAUUGAGCCAACUGAGCGGAUCACCAUGUCCCUUCGCAGCCUUCGGAACAGCUAUAGUAAACCACACGGCUUCGGACAUAGGCGAACUAAUUUGUUUGGGGAUAAACGAGAAUGGGAAGACAGGGAAUCCCUCGCUACACGGCGAAAUCGCAGCUAUCAAGAACUGCACUGCCAUUCUAACCGACCCCCACGGAAAAUUCCGCAUGACCGCAUCCGAGGCACAAGCUGCAUUCGUUGAUUUGACCUUGUAUACCAAUGCUGAAAGUUGUCCGAUGUGCGCCUCUGCGAUUCGAUGGGCAGGCUUCCGAGAAUAUGUCUACGGAACGUCAAUCGAAACGCUCAUUCAGAAAGGCUGGGGGCAGAUUCGGAUCUCUUCCGUGGACGUUUUUGAGGCUUCUUACGACCUUCCGAGUCAGUCGCGUCUGAUGGGUGGUGUCCUUGCUAACGAGACGGAUCCUUAUUUCUUGUGGCAAUAUGAUUCGUCUUACCCGUGUCCUCAUGGCUGUUCGCGUACCAGGGAUGAAUCGAGCUGCCGGGGUCCUUCUGGUUAG